AUGUUGCCUCAAAACAAGGACCAAGUGCUGCUACAGAAUGCAGCACCCCCUGGGCGCCCCCCUCGGGGCCACUCACAAAUUGUGGACUCCCUUCCCCGCAACCUUCGGCCUCAACCUCCGCAACAAUCACUCUGCCCCACCCACCCACCUUGCUGUCUUCCCCCACGGUCCCCCUCUGCAGGCUCCCAUUUCUACUCUUCGGACUCAAAUUCGGACUUUCUCCUACAUCCCUGCUCUUAUCUCCCAAGUUCCCCUUCUUUCUUUCAUCAGAAUUGCCUCUCUCUCCCCCCACCCUCCCACUGGCUAUACCCAUGUUCUACCCUCGCUCACUCCUCUUCUCCCUCUCAGCCACAGAACUCCUCUCUCCUGAGCUCACGUCGCCAGUCUCCUUCCCACCCCGAAGACGUACAGAGCUCCACUCUCACCUCCCCAAGCCCCAGUCUACCUUCUCGUGGGGUUCACUCUAACAGCCAGACAUGGCACUCGCAGCAGCACAGGAACACCGGGUCCCCUGUGGGGGAGGGGGGAUGCGUAGCAAGCGAGAGGGACCCUGCAGAGUUCAGGGACCCAGGAGCCCUGGCCCAGGCCCUGGUGGUUCAUCUGGGGCACCGCCGUAUCGCCCACGACCUGCGGCUACUGCUUUUGCAGCGCCUGUGGCAAGGCAAAACCGGCAAGGCCCCGGUCGUGGAGUAUCCUGUCUGUCUGGUGUGUCUCCGGCCCCGCGGCCCCUCUUGCCCUAUCCCCAAGUACAGGACUGGACCCAGGCUGCUUGCUUUCCCCCAACUACUGCCCUGUGCGCAGGGCCAGGAAUCCGGACCACUGCGCAUCGGCAUUGGCUUUGGCCUCCGCCUGCCUCGGCGCCAGGCCAGGGUCUUGCACCUGUUGCCAGAAAGAAGGCCGGAGGAAGUAGGGCCUCGGGGAGAGGCUGCUCAGGCCUGUGGGUGUCAAGCCCAGGGAUCUCAAGCCCCAGCAGCUCAGGCCCAGGCAGAUCUAGGCCCAGGCACCCCCUCCCAGAACGGGAGCCUGAGGUCUGUAGGCCCUCAAUCACCAAACUCCAUGUGCUGUUCAGGGUCUCAGCCUCAGGCACCAAAACAGGCCACUGUCUCCCUGAAGCCCAGACCUCCCUCUGCCUCAAAGAGGCCUGCCUCUCCAGAGCCCAUUCCCUGA